AUGCUUCAUUCUAACUGUAACUUUGCGAACUGCCCCUCCGAUUUCCCUCUGCCCACUUGCGAGAUCCCGCUGCAUCACCGCGCCAUGUGUCAUGUGAUAUCGAUGGUCCUUCAGUUCAACCCCGGGUCAUAA